AUGAACAUUUCGAAUAACAAUCAAAAAAAUAUACUCGAUUUGCCCAAUGAAAUUUUAUUUAUUAUUUUUAAGAAACUGAAUAUGGUCGAUGUUCUUUAUUCACUUGUGGAUGUUACUCAACGGUUUGAUCAAAUAAUACUUAAUCCACUUUAUAUUUGUAAUCUUGAUAUGACCACUAUGACAAUGAAAUCAUGUUUUGAAUUUAUUUAUUCAAUAGACAAUAAAGUUCUUGAUAGGAUUUGUAAAACUAUUUUACAUCGAAUUCAUCAUCAAGUAAAUGAACUCACUGUUGAACAACAUUCAAUGGAACGUGUGCUUCAUACUAUUAAUUAUCCGGCACUUCACUCAUUAUCAUUUAUCGAUUUUCAAGAGGAUGUACUACUCAAAUACUUAACAGACAACACAGCUCUUCGCAAGCUUCUUACUGAACAAAUUACAAGUCUUCAAAUUGAUGUCAUGGAUAAGAAAACAUCACCAUCACUUCCUCGAACUCUUUCGACUAUAUUUGCUUUCGUUUUAUCUUUAUGUAAACGAUUGAUCAAGUUAAGUUUUUGUCACUUAUAUCAUCAUUUAACCAAUUGCACUUUUGACUUAUCGUCAACUAACUGCUUGUCUUCAACUUUGACUACAUUGGAAAUUACUGUGAAAACUUUCGAUGAUUGUCUUUAUCUACUUGAUGAGCGUCUCAGUUGUCUAUCAACACUGAAAAUUCAUGUGGAUGAAAUUGCAUUUACAUCAGGAACUAUAGAUAACACGAAGAUACUUCCCAAACUGAAGCACUUCACAUUUUGGUCAGAUCCACGUACACUUGUUUAUGAUAAUCAAAUUCUUCCAUUAUUUCGACGAAUGAUAAAUCUAGAAGAAUUGAUAUUUUUUCUUUCAAUAAUAAGAAUUGACUCAAAUUAUAUUGAUGGUAUUCAAUUAUAUGAUGAUAUUCUUAUUUAUAUGCGACGAUUAAAAAAAUUUGUUUUCAAUAUUGACACAUGUGUAAUCAAAAAGAAUAUUGGAAUUGCUCUUUCAUCGAAUGAAGAUAUUCAGCGUAGUUUCAUUGGAAGAGAAUAUGGGCCAGUUGGUACACAUGUUGAAACUUUCUCAGGCGAAAACAAAGGUAGAGGCCAUAUGUAUUCACUUCCACAUGAAUUCAACGGUAGAUGCCACAUCUAUUCGCUUCCAUAUCAAUUCAAAAAUUUUCAUUAUUUAAGCAAUUCUUUUCAAGGUGGCAUGUUUGAUAAUGUUCAUUGCCUGAUGAUGACGGACAUACGACCUUUCGAGCAUUACUUCUUCAAAGUAAUCUCUCAAAGUUUUCCUCUGUUGAAACGAUUGUAUAUAUUUAAUAAUGAACCGCAGAAAGAGAAACAACAACCGAUAACGUUUAUCAAAUUUUCUCAUCUUAUUUUACUCUAUCUUACUAGCGCUCAUGUAGAUUAUGCUAAACAAUUUCUCUUCAAUAAACAUUGUCAUUUACCUUGUUUACUGGAUCUUUACAUCAGGUACGAAUCACUUGCAGUGGUCACAAACAAUUUCACUAAUGAUGGAACACGUCGUACUUGUGAUAAAUUGACCAGUCUUCAUGUAAAGGAGCCGUUUGUUCCUCCAGAAAACUUUCAUCAAUAUUUUCCUUUAUUGUAA